UCUCGUGUUGUUGCACAUUCGACUCGUGCGCCCACCACUUUCCUCGUUACCAAUCCCAUAUAUCGCUGAAUAUGACCAUAUCUGGAAGUCUGGUUGCACUUAAGCCGUUCGAUUCAUGGCCAUAUAAAGGGGACGAUGAUGCAUCGGGUGCAUACUAAACUCAGUGUUUUCAGCGUUUUAUAGUAGAGUGAAUUUCUUAUAACUGGUGGACGCUAAUUACUUAUGCAGAAAUAUAUGGGCGCUGUUUCAGAUGCUCUGAUAUUGAAAAUUGUUUAUGUUAAACAUGUUUAAAAUGAGUGCAUCUCCAUUAGGAAUGAAUUUUUUGUUGACUGACGAUGGAAACACAUUGUUGGCUAUGCGUCAAGCGAAAGAUGGAACGCUGGAGCUUAUGUCGACUCCAGUUACAAUUGUUGGUAAUACAUCUAAUCAAGUUUUACAGUCUUUGACUAAUUCAAUGCUACGUUUCAAAUCCAACUAUAGUGAUCCAAACAGUCUUUCUGUAGACAAUGUACAGUUUAAAUCAUUACAUAGUUCACAUUCAAUUUCCAUCAAUCAAGUACAUUCAUCAAAUAUGAAUAGUACUGUGUCUCACCAUUUAAAAGAUUUUAAGGAAAAUAUUGAAUGUGAUGACGAGUUGCUUGAAUUUUCUCAAGAACUUUCUUGCUGUGGCAGAAAUGCAUCCAGUACACAAAACUGUGAUAAACAAUAUUCUGGUAAGCGUAGUAAAAAAUCAACAGCAUCCAAAAAACAAGCAAAAGGCAAAAGUAAAAAUAAGGGUGUAAAAGAUUUAUACCAGUGUGAUAUGUGUGCAGAAGAAUUUGAAAAAUAUUCCGUUUACCAAAAACACUUGCAUGACCAUGCUUUUGAUAAAGCUUAUCGCUGCCCAAAAUGUGCUGAAUCGUUUAAUGCACCACUCAAUUUCAAACUACACAUGGCCAUACACAAGCUCGGCAGCCCAAAGUGUCCGGAAUGCGGGAGGAAAUUUUCGCGCUUAGCGAGUCUGAAAACUCACAUGAGAGUCCACGAGAUCGACGAAAGUCUUUACUGCACCGAAUGCGACGACGUAUUCGACUCCAAGGCACAACAGGAGGAGCACCUGAAGCUUCACCAAGAGAAAUGGACCUCGGAGGAGUAUCGCAACUGCAAGCUCUGCCGCAAAAAUUUCACCCAGCCGGCCCUGUAUCGGCAACAUCUGCGCGACCACUACAGGGUCCAGGAGAAAUACAUCAAGCAGACGAGCAGAGGUGCCAGACUGCGCACCAGCUACAAGUGCAACAUAUGCUUCAAAGUCUUCAGAUCGCCGAGCUUUCUGUCCAGACACAUACGCGUUCACACUCGGGAGAGGCCGUACAAGUGUAAAUUAUGCCAAAAGGGUUUUUCGCAAAAAAGCUCGCUGCGCACGCACGAGUGGACGCACAGCGGCACCAAGCCCUUCUCCUGCGACGAGUGUCAAGCUAGAUUUGCCAUACACAGCAAUUUGCGAAUACACGUGAAACGUCACGAGAAAAAUCGGCGAGAUCGAUGUCGGUCGCGGGCGCACAAGAGCUCGCACUGUUCCCUGGCCUUCAAAGAGCCGAGGGUGCUCGCUCGGCACACGAGCCGUUUCCACAAUCGGAAUGUCAAAAGCGCGGCAACUGAGCAAUCUUCAAACGCCGCCACUAUCGCGGCAAACUCCGCCGCUACCGAGAAUACGGGUCAGCGUAACGAGCAAGAGCACAGAAUCCAAGACGGAGAAGAACAAGAGCAGCGACUUGAGCCAGAGCAGAGAUGCCAAGAUGAAAGUGCAGCAAAUGACAACGAGCAGGAAGUCGAGCAAGACAGUCAGGGCUUCGAAUUGAUGGAAAGCGACGACGAUGUCGACGACGCUGAAGACGACGACGAGGAAAUCGACGGGGGCGUCGUUAAAAAGAAACUUUCCGAUCCAGACAAAUGGAAGUACGUGCAAGUGAAUCAUCGGAUCAUAGACGGAAAGAAAGUUUACGAGUGCUUGUACUGUGAUAAAAUAGCCAAAAAGCCAUCAGACAUAGUUAGACAUUUAAGUACCCACACAGGCGAAAAACCAUUCAAGUGCGACGAGUGCAAUCAAUCGUUUACCCUCAAAGGCUCUCUAGUCGUUCACAAGAAAAAAAUUCACGGAGGAGACGCCGUCACCUGUCCAAAGUGCCCAGCUGAGCUUCCAAGUAAACAAGCGCUCAAGGAUCAUUUGAAAACGCACAACAAGUUCGUGUGCAAAUUGUGCGAGGCGUCUUUCGAAAAUUUCGAGGCGAUGCGCGAGCACGCGAACGAGCACAACACACCGGCCGAGGUGAAGAACCGACGCCGCAAAAUGGAGAAAAAGACCGGCUACUUGACGCGCAAACCCAAAAAUCAGAGCUGGUCCGAGGAGGUGGAACAGCUGGCGGCCAAAGUCGAGCUGGCCAAGCCGCUCGUGCUGACCCAGUCGGGCGACGGUCUACUCAGAGCCGAGCCUCAGUUGCGCCAGCAGCACGGACGGGGCGAGGGUCGGCCCCACAAGUGCCCCAGCUGCACGGCCGCCUUCAUGAAGCUCAGCCACCUGCAGCAGCACUACCGCAAGCACACGGGCGAGCGACCCUUCGUUUGCGAGAUUUGCGACAAGCCGUUCAUUACGAAGAGUGCGCUCAAGGCUCACUACACGAUUCACAACAAGACGAAAAAUUUCAAGUGCGUGACGUGCCACGCGACUUUUUCCAACUCGAGCAGCUUGAAGAGGCACCAAACGACUCACGUGAACAAGCGUCCCUUUAUGUGUCCUUACUGCAACAAAACUUUCAAGACCAGUGUCAAUUGCACCAAGCACAUGAAAAUACAUCAAAAAGAGGUUGCGCAGGAGGUUCUUGAACAACAGAAAAAGCAAGCGACUCGACCACCGACUCCAGUAACUGUACAAGAAAAUUUACUUGCCGAUAAUGAAUACAAUAUGCCUUUAAUUGUAAAUAUAAAUCAGUCCAUGCAAACGGUAACACAAAAUCAAAGCCAAACUGUAUUCAUUGAUCCAAAAUGCUCUUAUCUUAAUUCGCCAAUUGCUUCAGUAUUAAACGAGCCUCAAAACGUCGAUGUUGUUUCAAAUCAGAAUUCAGUUAUUUCCAAUGAUCUGAACACUGCCAAUUUGUCUAAUUUUACCGCAGAUACAACGUACACGGUGGAGAACAUGCAUGAAAUUGAAUCGUUGCAUCAACAAUUGUAUAACAUGGGCUUGAAUUUCGGGCUGAAUACUCCAGAAAAGACAAUCGAAGAUUCGAAUUUCUUGCCAAAUAGAGAUCAGCAUCCAACUUUGAGCAUCAUUUACGACAAUGGUAAAGUGGAUUCAUCGGUCGAUUUGAAUACAUUUUCUUCUCAACUCGAAAGUCUCGGUAUCAAUCAGUUGGCAUUUCAAGACGUUGGCGAUUCCAAUGUUGCCUUAGCCUCGAACAACACUGCUGCGCCCAUCAACUUGUGUUCCGAAGUUAUGGAGCAACAACAGCAGCAACAAAAUAGUCUCAAUGUUUUGGCCUCGCAUCAGAAUCAAAGUGCUAAUCUGAAGCUUCAAAACGUCAAUCCGAACAUGCAAAGCGCCGCGCCAAAGAUAGACGGCUCCGACUUGAAUAUACAAAGGGCCCUAUGUUUAAGCGAUAGUAAUUUUAGCAACGGCUUUUUGUGCACCUCGCCUAUGGAUAUACUCAAUGAGAAGUUCCUUGAGCAAAACGAGGGGUUCAUUAGCGAGGAUCAAAAUCUACAGUGCCAUAUAUGUGAUAAGCAGCAACUGUCAGUGAAGGAUCUGCAAAAACAUUUGAAAAUUCAUCAGGUUCGAGUCAAGGAGUACGAGUGUUUUCAGUGUUCUUACAAAUUUCACUCCAAUAGUGGGCUAAGUAGACACAUGAAAACUCACAAGAAUCAAGAGACCCACAAAUGCUACGAGUGCAAUCAAGAGUUUCCCACAUCGCUGCAGUUGAGGGAGCACAUAAAAGAACAUGUAAAAUAUGAAUUGGCACGUAAAAAUGCCGCAGGGGACUCGGAUGUAUCGGUAGACAUGGAUUUGGGUUCGGAUAAGAAAAGUCCCAAAUCAAAGAAAAACGUUUGUGAUUACUGCUCAAAAAUGUUCGGCAAACCCAGCGAUCUCGUGAGGCACGUAAGAAUUCACACUGGCGAAAAGCCCUACAAGUGCGAAUAUUGCGCCAAGAGUUUCGCCGUCAAAUGCACUUUAGUGGCACACCUGAAAAUUCACAACGGUCAUAAAUCAUUUCAGUGUCACGUGUGUAAUAGUAUGUUCGCCUCGAAGGGUGGUCUCAAAGUACACAUGCGGCUGCACACAGGAGCCAGGCCGUUCGAGUGCAACGAGUGCGGCCUGAAAUUCCGAACAUCCGGACACCGUAAAGUUCACAUGCUGACGCACAGUCAAGAAGUUCCAAGCAUCGUUAAUAAUAGCAACGUUAGCCAGGCUCAACUCAUCGUCGACAACGACAUGAGCAAUGGUAAGCUCGUUGAUCUGCCGAUGGUCGAAACGGACGUAGAAAAAUUAUUGGAAAAUAGUCACUGGAUGGAGAACUUGAAGUUCUUGAUGAACAACGGCUUGGCCAACAUUCAAGACGGCCAAAAUGAAAUUGAAGCUGACGCUCAACAGCAGCAAGAACAGCAAUCCCAAGCCACAUCGCCUCUCGUUUUCUCAACGUCACUGGACAACGAGCAAAGCCUAGUCGAGGGCGAGAACUGCGUACUACUUAAGUUACAAGAAACACUGCCAGAACAAAUUAAUGAAGAAAAGCAAGAAAUAGCAACCGGAAGCGGUAAAUUACGGCAAUGUGUUCAGUGUAGCAAAACAUUCUCGAAGCCUUUCCAGCUCGAGCGACACUAUCGUGUCCACACCGGGGAACGGCCCUUCGUCUGCGACUUGUGCGACAAGUCCUUUACUCAAAAGUCUACGCUCGAUCUUCAUCGCAAGAGCCACUCGGGCGAGAAGCCGUAUUCUUGUCCUCACUGCUCGCGUCAUUUCACGCAGUCCUGCAAUUUACGCACUCACGUGGGCCGCAUUCACAGGGACAAGCUGGCCGAUGCAACGCAAGAACUUCAAGAUGAGCAACAUGAACCACCGCAGUUUGUAACUUACGAAUCCAAAGUCGUGCUGCAAUCUAUUGAAGAUUCCAGCAUUCAGUUCGAUGAUUUGUCGUUUGCUGAUUUAUUGGCAUGAUAAAGCUAGUACGAACACUUUUUCACAACUAAUUAAUUUUUUGAACAGAAAAGCGCUCUCUUUACGAAUGAAAAUUUUAGCCAUAAAAAAUAUUAUAAAAUCAUUGUCGUUUGCUUGAUCUUCAAGCACUUGAGUAACAAAUAAUUUUUAUUUAUUUCUACUGUUGAAUGUUAAUUUAAAUUUUUAUAAGCAGAUGUUUUUUAUGAUAUCAAAAGAAAUUAUUACAUUUGAAUGAUCUAUAUGUAUGUGUUUUAUACUUGGUAACAUUAAGAAUUUUAAGACUGAAGUUUUAUGAACUUUGAUUAAGAAGCAAUAGUGUUAUUUUUUUAAAUAUUUAUUAAAUUAUUAAAUAUUUAACAAAUAACAACAUAAUGAACUUUUUUACACAAG